GUCUGCGCGUGUGGAAAGAGGGGGUCCCGGGAGGGCACGGAGGAUAAAGACGCGCGGUCGCCAGACGGGAGACGCGGACUGCAGCCUCUAGCUCGCUGUGCUUUGCAAGCCAGGAGAGGGAGGUCGGGCAUGGCGGGGGGCAGCCCCGUGGCGGGGCAGCAGCAGCCGCCGCCGUGGGGGUCGUCGGCUCCCGGCAAGGGCGGCUCGGGCGGGGGCGCGGUGCUGCGCGCCGUGGAGUCCAUCAGUGACCUGUACCGCACGCCCUCGUUCUUCCUGCAGCGAGCCAGGGCGGCACGCGCGCGCGGGAACAGCAACGCCGAUGCCACCGUCGCCACCGACUCCUCCACGGCGAAACCUCCGCCAAGAAUGGGGGGCUCCGCGCAGUGGACGGCGGCGGCCCCCCUCUUCAACGACGAGGACGACUGGGAACCGGCGUGGAAGGAUCUGCCGAUUCCACCACUUACGCCGUCACCGCCAUCGCAACCACCGCAACCACCGCAUUGCCUCGAGGACUCCAGCUCCGUCCAGCGCCCAGCCUCGUGCUGCCCCUGCAGCGUCAGACUUCUCCUCUACCUGCUGCUCCUCGUGUCUCUGCUGAGCCUCGCCGUGGCUGCGUGCGCCCUCUACUGGGCCGUGAUGGCCCACAAUGAGACUCGGGGCCUGCGUGGGACCGUGGAGGCGCGGGCGAUGGAGGCGGAGCGGCUGGGGGCCCACGACCCCUCCAACGCCGCCGAGGGCCUCCACCUCCCGGGCCACCCGCGUGGCCUCCGGGCCCCGGCCGGCGGCGUCUGGUGACCACCCCACGGUGGCCGCGCGGUGUCCGUCCGUCCGUCCGUCGUCAUCACCCGCCGGGACCGCCACGACGCAGCGCAGCGUGCAAUGCGACGUCGAUUCGUGGCAGCGUCUACGGCAAGCGUUCUUCAUUGCGAGGCCCGUCGGCCACUGGCGGCCUCUGAUGGCCUUCAGUGCGGCCCCUGACAUGCCCCCCCCCUCCCCCCCCCCGACAAUACACAAAGAGUGAAAACAACCCCCAUCAUCAGCAUGGUCGUCGUGCUGCUGUCAAAGCCUACAAUGGUGUCAAUCGUGUGGCGGACCUCACACUGACGAUGUCUUAUCGGCGAGAGUCGCCCCCCUCUGAAAGUCAGUGAGAAACACUCGACUAAGAUGCUACCCCCACCCCCCACCUCAACGAAGCCGUCUACGAGCAGUGGAGGGUUCAUUUUGUAUAGACGGCAACAAGCACCUCCCGCACUAUCUGUGCUUCAGGAAACUACACUGUACGUAUGUUGAACCCCUUUCGCAUCGUACGUAGCCAACCUUGCUCAUUGGAGGUGCUGGGGAAGGACAACUAAACACAAACAGCAAGUUCAGAAGAAAUAACUUUUCGAUCUCGAUUUACAAGUGCAUUGCUCCAUGUGGCUUCCUAAUAUCGGAAGGAAGAACAGUUCCAUACGGCCGCAGAAGCGCGCCUGAAAAUGCGCGGUGCGGUGACCGCCGCCUUUGUUCGACCGUUAGCCAAAAGCGGCCGCUGCGAGGAAUGACCGGAGUUUGCGUGGUGGUUUAUGCUCUUUGACGAGAUCAGAAGCUUGAAAGGAUUACCCAGCUGCUGGCCACACGGGCGCUUGAAGCUUGGACCGAGGCUCCAGCAAAGCCGAGAUAUCCAGCGCCCCGAACCGGGCUGCUGCAAGUGGGGUACAGCAAUCCUGGGCCAUGCAGCGGAAAGGAGAAUGUCUCACGAUACCGUAAGAGGGGAGUGCUACACGUGAUUUCAUCGUCUCGAGUAGUGUAUUACUAUUAUCGUUAUGCAACUGACAAAAAACGGAACUAUAAAAUGUUCUCGCAGAAUUCAAAGGACAGCUCAAAGAGAUGACGAUCCUGGGGAAACCAGGACAGGUGGCAACCUGCAUGAGGAAGGCAGUACCUGUGCACUCGCCAGGAGCCCACAGAUUGCUUAUACGUUCGGGCCCAGGUUGCCCUCAUGCUGGGGUGGAGCAGUCCAACCGUGGAUAGACGCUGUGCUUUUAUACCAGAGCUUUGGGUGAAGAAUGUAUCACACCGGUGUAUGUUAAACCUGCUCCCGACACAUUUACCGCAAACGUGGGCAUUGAAAAAUGAAAAUAAAAAGUUAAAGAGUGCACAAAUAAUUGUUUUUUUACCCUUUUAUCUGGCAACAAAACUGACACUUUUUUUUAAAGGGUAAAAAAAAGCAAUUAUCAUAUUUUGCUACUGGCAAAGGAGGUUCCAAUGGUGUAAAUGCUUACGCCGAGCUCUCAUACUCUGAUGGUGCAUUGUCCUUGAGUUGUGUGCCUUUUGGCGUCAUCUGGUCCAACACCAUGUGAGACUAGGCUCUAAGAGAAGCUGUCUCGGGUGUGGACCAAUCAAAUUCAAGGACAGUGCAUACAUCAUCAGAGUUGUGUUUUGUGUUUGCAUUCCGACCGCAGGUAUUGUGGUCAAUGCAAACAUGACUCCUUGUAAAAAAAAAGGUGUCAGUUUUGUUGCCAGAUUAAAGGGUAAAAAAACAAUUAUCAUAUUUUGCUACUGGCAAAGGAGGUUCCAAUAGUGCACAAAUAAUCGUGGAGGGGUGGAUGCUUUGAAUGACACUCAGAGACAGAAGGAAGAACACGCCGAUCAGAGAAGACACGCAAGCAAGAGACAUCAACUUAACUUUUGAUUUAAAGCUUUCAUGACUGCAGGGACUAUUCUUGGUUCUUUCGGUAAAGUCACGUAU